GUUGAAUAAUGGUAUAACAGUGUAGUUGCCGCGCCAUACAUAUUUGUCAGCACUUUCCUCGGAGUAUAUGAGGAAUGUUUCCGUGUUUUCUUCUUAAAAUAUAUUCGGGCUGAUUUAAGAAGAAAAGUUGGAGCUCUUUCUGUAUGAAUUAAAUUAAUGGGAAAUUACUAGACAUAUAAGCAGAGGGAGUGAAAUGCUGGUGUAAAGAGUUUUCUUACGCGUACUUGGUGUAGUUGUAUGCCGGGAAUUCUUCAGCCGGGUCGUGAUGGUGGCGCUAGUGUCGGUAAGCUGUGUGUUUUGUGGGGACAAUAGAAGAGAUUUUGUGGGCAGAAAAGUGGCUGAAAACUUGUGAAAAUACGACCAGGAGUGUGUGUCCAGUGUGGCAGAGGUCGUGAAAUUAUCAGUUUUAAUGUGCGCACGAGGCGAUGUCGGCGUCAAUAGGUGUAAAUCUGCGGGUAACGGGCCACUGCAGCCAGGGCGGACGGAAAUACAUGGAGGACUUCUUCUCAGUGGCGUACCAGCAAUCGGAGGAUGAGAAAGAUCUCGAGUACGCCUUCUUUGGCAUCUACGAUGGCCACGGGGGCUGCGAGGCGGCCACAUACGCCAAGGAGCACCUGAUGAACGAAAUUGUGAAUCAGAAGCUGUUUUGGUCUGAGAACGACUCUGACAUAUUGAAAGCCAUCCGAGAAGGUUAUCAUGCCACACACAAUAAAAUGUGGCGUGAACAAGAAAAGUGGCCCAAGACGCCAACGGGAUUGCCCAGCACUGCGGGAACCACGGCGAGUGUGGCAUUUAUUCGUCAUGGGAAAAUCUAUAUUGGACAUGUGGGAGAUUCAGGCAUAGUUCUCGGCUAUCAGGACGAGAACAAUCCUCAAUGGAAGGCGCGUCAGCUGACGCAGGAGCACAAGCCGGAGAGCAAUGUGGAGAAGACGCGAAUUAUGAACUCUGGCGGGAAGGUGGUGACAAAGUCCGGCGUGCCACGAGUUGUGUGGACACGACCGCGAUUGGGGCACAAGGGUCCUGUGCGACGGAGUACGCCAAUCGAUGAGAUUCCCUUUCUGGCCGUGGCACGAAGUCUCGGUGAUCUGUGGAGUUACAAUUCGGAAUUGAAUGAGUUCGUCGUGAGUCCAGAUCCCGAUGUGCGCGUGAUAUCCAUUGAUCCAAAGAAGUUCCGUUGUCUCAUCUUUGGCACUGAUGGCUUGUGGAAUGUGCUGUCGGCGAGUGCCGCCGUGGAGACUGUCCACGGUGCUGAGGUGAUCAAUGAGCGCAAUAUGUUUGCCAAUGCUCCAAAGAAUUGGAUAAAUCCGAGCAAGUAUCUUGUGGACAAGGCGCUGGAGAGGUGGAGCAACACCAAAAUGAGGGCGGACAAUACAUCCGUGGUGACAAUUAUGUUGGAUCCGCCAGGACCACCCAAAAGGGAUCUCAUCAGAUCUACCUGUCCGAGUGGAGCGCAUAUUCUCGAUCAUGUGCUAUACAUUCAGAAUGCCGGUGAGAAGAGCAUGCUGGGACGGUGUCAAGGAGAUAUGGAAGGCUCCGCAGUUCCGCCGGUUCUCGCACAAAUGCGUCCGCCUGAUCCCUACGCACCUUCCACAAGUUUCGACGUUCAGCAUGGCCUGCAUGGCAGCAAUCCAACAUCUCCAACUUCCUCAGGAUCAUCCUACAUGAGCAGUGGCUUCGUGGAGUCAUACAAUAGUCUACUGGAGGAUCACGAGACUCCGUAUCAUCAUGAAGCGUACACAGAUGUCUUGCAGACGCCGCUGGAGUUGCUGCAGCAUCAACAGUCCACAUCACAAUACGUAGUGGCGGCCUGUGAAGAGACAUAUUCCCUCACGAAGCUGGAGACUCGCACUGAACAGCUUUCCGCCAUGGCAGCGGCAUUCUCUGGGGACGCCAGAGAGAAUCAUCUCAUGGAGAUUGACUCCUUCCACGAUUAUGCGGGCUUCGGGGCGUCCACGUCGCAAGCGAGUGCGCAUGAGAUAUCCCACCAGACGCUGACACAUGCCGGCAGUGGACCCACCACUGAGGAAAUCCUCGCCUACUGCCGUCGCAUGACCGACAGGAAUGCCCAGAUGGACACUGUGGAGCGAUACUACGCCACAUCGGCGUCUUCGCCAGGCAAUCCGGGCACUUCAGAGACUGCCGCGGACAUUCAGGUGAUGAACAUUGUGGGCGUUCCUCUGUCACUGGACGACUCCGUGCAGAUUCACGAGAUCUCAUCGAGCAAUCUGGCGCCGUGCGACAGCAUUGGGAGUCCGAAGGCGGGCGUCAGUGGCCAGGCGACCGGGCAAUCCCACCAGAUGGAGGAGGAGUUCAAGGGAUGUGGCAAGAAGGACGAUUGUGAUAUGACUAUGCAUGAUGAGGGUGUGGAUGCAGCAAAUGUGCCAAGGAGAACGCUGAGAAGACCACAGCGUCCCAGUGCCAGGCAGGGCGUCGUGACGCGGUCGCAAGACGCCAAGACGCUGGUUGGCAAGGUGAGACAGAAGGAGAAUACCAAAGCGAGGAGUGAGGUGAGAUUCUGUCGCAAUCUGACACUCAGGAGUGGAAAGAUACUGCAUGCCGGCGUGGGUGGGAGGCUGAGGAAUGUCCACACGAGGGCAACGAAUCGCCUGAGGAUCCUGGCAGUUCACUAAGUUCUGGCAGAAGUCAUUGGAUGUCGCCGCACAAUAGCGCCACUAUUUUAAUGUUUUUUUUCUGCAUCAUAUGAGAAUGAUGAUGCGAAAUCAUACACUUUCAAAUAUGAUAAGAGGACAUUUCGUACAAAGAUAUCUGUGGAUGAUAUAAAUCUGUAGCUGAUAGAGUUAUACUGACAAAGAGAUACACAUUUUAAGAGGAACAUAAGGUAGAAAUGUGGUAAAGUUUACAGAGAUUUAUGGUGAAAAUUGUAAAGAAAACUAUUAAUGAACAAGUGCCUCCUUUACUAUAAGAGAGAGUUACCAAGUUUUUUGGGGGAGUUGCACACGCUAUUAGAAAUUAUACAUACAUAUUCAUCGAUUUUAUUUUAUCAAUUGACAAAUCCUUUUUACCAUAUUUUUUAACACCUUUUAUUGAUAAUGAUAUCAUUGGAAACAUAUGAUAGCUAGCCCUUCUAGUAUAUCGUAGGUGGCAUCAUCCUCAUUAGCAUUUACAAGAUUACGUUCGACAUUGUUUGCCUAAAGAGUUUCUCACUGGGUUUAUCAAGAAUCAAGUUGGAAAAAUAUGAUUUUAUUAGGAGUUCGCAGGUGACCUUCUUUUGUACUGAUGCAAAUGAUCAUCUAAUGGCGUGAACAAUCUUCUGUGUAAUAUUUACAUAACACAUUUGUCAAAAUUGUUACUAUAGAAAAAGUCGAAAACAAGAAUAAUAUAUUAGCUAUAUUUACGAUAGUAAA